AUGGGUGUGGCUUCUCUGGGAGGAGCCUAUGCCAAACUGGAUCUUUCUUCUUCUUCAAACGUCGUGGUAUACUGGGGUCAAAACUCGCUUGGUCAGACUGGAGAACUUGCGCAGCAGAGACUCGGUUAUUACUGCGAUGAUUCAAACAUUGAUGUUAUUGUACUAGCCUUCUUGACGAGGAUUAACGGCCAGGGCGGUGCCCCGGAAGUGGACUUUGCAAAUGCCGGCGAUAAAUGCACAAUUAUCGAAGGCACUAAUCUUAAAAAAUGCCCUGAGAUUGGAGAGGAUAUCACUACAUGUCAGCAAAAAGGAAAAACCAUCAUCUUGUCGAUUGGGGGUGCUACUUAUAGCGAGGGUGGCUUUCAAUCCGAGUCUGCCGCCAGAGACGGGGCCGAUCUGGUCUGGAAAACGUUCGGUCCGGCCCAGUCUAGCAUGGCUCAGGUGAAUCACACUGUUUACCACAACACCACCUACCGACCAAUCCAUAACACCAUUAUGCGUCGUCAGAACCAAGUUCGACGGCCUUUCGGAGAUGCCGUGGUGGAUGGAUUCGAUUUCGACUUUGAGGCUCAUGUCGACAACAUGGCUCCCUUCGCGAACCGGCUUCGCGAAUUGUCGGAUGCCGACACGUCCAAGCAAUACUUCUUGACUGCUGCGCCGCAAUGCCCCUACCCCGACGCAGCAGACAAGGACAUCCUGAACGGCCCGGUGUCCAUUGAUGCCGUCUUCGUGCAGUUCUACAACAACUUCUGCGGAGUCGGGUCUUUUGUCGAGGGCCAGGACACGCAGAAUUCUUUCAACCUCGAGACCUGGGACAACUGGGCCAAGAACGACUCCCAGAACAAGAAGGCCAAAGUGAUUGUCGGUGUUCCGGCCAACACCGGAGCCGCCGGCUCGGGAUACAUCCCAGUCACGAAGCUGAAAUCUGUGAUUGAGUACAGCAAGACAUUUUCCAGCUUCGGAGGCGUCAUGAUGUGGGAUGUCAGCCAGGCUUAUGGAAACGAUGGCUUUCUUCAGGGAACUCGUCAGGCACUUGGAAGCACCCAGUCGCGCAUCUCGUCCCGUCCGUACCGCUACCAUCCAAUGCGCUGGUAG